UUGCUUUGUCCCUGGAGAGUUUGGGGUGCAUCCAGGAAAAUAAGUGGGCGCUCCGGGUUACAUCAGCGCCGAGAGGGAAUAGUGGCAUGAUACCGGUGUGGCUGUGUGCAUGGUUAGGCUUAUCAAUGAAAAUGACCAUGCCUGUGUUGUGAGUACAAACCAUAUUUGGUGAGGUAAAACUGUGACUGCAAGUUGACUAGAUACCUAGUGUUCUUAAGUCGGGGCUAGGCCUCUGAUGUUAAUGCUUUUUGCAACGUUUGUGAUAUCUCCCACUGACAAGGGUAUAUUGUACUGGGAGGCCUCUUUCUGCCAUUGUCGAGCAAAUUGAUUCUAUUUGCUAAACAUUUGUGAAACUGUGCCAGAAAACAGCCAAAAUUCCAGUUCCUGAGAAAAGUGAAGAUCUUUCCCCAAGUGGAGAUCUUCCAACAAGCCUUCCAGCAAUGGGAUCACUUGCAAAUGCCUCAGUUACAACGCUGGCGGCGCCGUCGGAGCCUGGCGCCGCGCAGGACUCUGUGCUGCGCUACCUGGGCUUCCACGCCGAGUACCUGACCGUGUUCACGCGCACGCAGCACUUCCUGAUGCGCGGCGACGGCCCGCUGGCGUUUGACAUGCGCUACUACGUGGCCAUCAUGGCGGCCGGCCGGCACCGGUGUGACUGGCUGGUGGACCAGCUCAAGGAGGAGUUUCUGGCGAACGGCGGCGAGCCGCGCUGGCUGGAUGGCCUGCAGCACGUGCCCAAGAAGCUGGCCGACCUGAACGAGGUCAACAAGAUCAUGGCGCACCGGCCGUGGCUCCUCAACAAGUCACAUAUCGAGCGGCUGGCCAAGGGUCGCGACAAUUGGAGCCUGGGCGAGCUGCUGCAGGCGCUCACCGUGCUCGCCCACUACCACGCCGUCUGCUCGUUCGUGCGCGGGUGCCACGCGCUAGGCGUCGAUCAGCCCGACAGCACCGAACCGUCCGACGCGUCGACACCUAGUGGCGCCAAGGAGCCCCAGCAGUGCGCCGGCUCGCCGUCAGAUGGCGCGCCAGUGCAGCAGCUCAUGCAGAAGAUGCGCACGCUGAGCGAGCAGCAGCUGCGGGCCGCCGACCAGCUGACGGUCGAGGAGAAGAACGAGAUCUACGCGGCGGUGGACAGCGGCGCUGUGGAGGCGGAGCAGCCCAGCCAGCAGCCAGCGCCCGACCAGCUGGCGCGGUUCGUCGAGGACGCCGAGUUCGCGUACGAGGACUUCAGCAGGCGCGGCGAGCCGCACACCGUCUCCACGUUCAGGGUGCAGGACUACAACUGGGAGGACCACGGCUUCUCGCUGGUGAACCGGUUGUACUCGGACGUAGGAGUGCUGCUGGAUGACAAGUUCCGCAUCGCCUUCCACCUCACCUACCAGACGAUGGGCUCGUUUCGGUCCGUGGACACCCGGCUCUUCCGGAGGGCCGUCUGGCGCUACAUCCAGUGUCUAUACGGCAUCAGGCACGACGACUACGACUACGCGGUGGUAAACCAGCUGCUGGAUCGCCGCCUCAAGUCGUUCGUCAAGACGGCCUGCGUGUACCCGGAGCGGCUGGAGCCGUCCAACGAGCGGCUGAAGCAUGUCAUGGAAGGUUUCCAGCGCUCGGAGAAGGUGCACGUGGCGAUCCUGUGUCUGGAGGCUCGGCUGCAGUCGGAGCUGCUGUACGCGCUGCGGGCCGUCAUGCGGUACACCACGUGAUUGGCCGGCCGGCGGCACCGUUCGCGGUCGAGUGUUGUUUUAACCAGGCUGUCAGCCGUGCCGCAGUGUCGGACGGCGCGCCGCGCCUCCGCCCGGCCCUGUGUAUAUCCUGCGGUAGUCUCUCCACACAAUCAGGCGUGCCCCCCGGUGGCGGGGCCAGAAUCUCCGCCCAGCAGACGGGCCGCCCGGCGCGCCGACGCCGGCGCCGUGCCACACGCCUCUUUGUACUUUAUAUUUUUGUCUGUGAUGUUCUUUUUAGUAGCUGUCGCGUGCAAGCCCGGCGGGGCGCCGGGGCGAGGCUGGGCGCCAUGUCCUCGUCUGUUUGUCCGUUUGUCUGUCUGUCGCUGUCGUCGGUCCGUGUGCGUGCGUGUGUGUCCUGCGUGCGUGCGCGCGCGCGCGCUCGCGUCCAGUCGACAAUACCCGUGUCGGGGUCAGGUGAGGGCGGGCGUGACGGCGGUUGGCGCCCGUCCCGUUACUGUUUUAAGCCUAGUGCCGGGAGGCCAGUCUCAGUGUUUUAGUAGUCGUAACUACUGCCAGUGUGUGCGUGACGUCAGUUGCAUCUGGUGACCUCGUGAUGACGCAGCCGGGUCGCUCUCUCCAAGAUGGCGCUGUGUCCGCGGACAUGUCUUUCAGAGUGGCCGCAGAAUCCAACUUCGUCUAUCAGGCCGGCACAAUGGAAAAAUAAACAUUAUGCAUAAUGAG